AUGAGUAUUGUUGAAGUUAAUGGUGCUGGAAAUCCACAUCCAGAUGAAUUGAUCCAGAGUAGCUCAAAUGAACAAAUCUCUUGCUCAUACAACAGAACAAGAUCUGUUCAAUAUCCUCAUGAAUAUGAAUCAGCAAGUCAUAUACCUAAACGUAACUGGAAGAAAACACCUGAUUUUAAUAUUGGUAUUGAUCAACAUCCGUCUAAGUUAAGUGAUAAUAGACAAGAAACUGCAAAAGUUUCAACAGCAGUAACAACAACAUCUUCUUAUUCUAAUAUUAGUCAUCAAUUUAAAAAAAGUUCCAAUGAUUCAUCAAAUCGAUUACGUCGUGAAUCACCAUGA